AUGGAAAAUUUUCUAGUAAUUCCCAAUAGUUCCACUUCUAGUACCUCAAUACCUAAUAAUAAUGAAGCAGUAGUAACUUCUGAUAUCUCAACACCUAAUAAUAAUGAAGCAGUAGUAACUUCCAGUACCUUAACACUUAAUAAUAACGAAGCAGUAGUAACUUCUAGUACCUCAACACCUAAUAAUAACGAAGCAGUAGUAAUUGGUAAUAUAUAUAAUACUAAAGAGAAUUGGAUAGAGAUAACAGGUGAUGAUAAUAAAAAAUAUUGGAAAUGCAUACAUUGCCAUGAAAAGACUUAUGCAAUAAAAACUAGUAGAACACAUUUAAAAAACUAUACUGUAAUAUGUCCUAAUUCUCUACUAGGUGAAACUCUGAUUGAAGGGUUCAAACCAGUUACUAAAGAAGACGUGAAUAAUUCAAUA